ACAAUGCACAUUUUAGCCUGGUUAGCUUGCGUAGUUGUGUAGGUUUAUGGCUGUAGUUGUACAGUGCAGCUGCGUUUGUGGUUUGUAUAUUGUAUGCAAAACGAGGUUCGGUGUACUACUCGCAAGUGACAUUCGUAUAUUGUAAAUUAGAAAAAUUAACUAUUACUCAAUUAAAAUACAAUUCUAAUAAUUCGAUAUAGUGAGAGUGGUCGAAUUAGUAAAAACAUUAACUCAUGAUUUCUUUAGAAAAAGUAUAUAUUGAAUUUGUAAGACGUUUUUGUGUUCAUUUACAUGGCAAGUGUUUCAGGAGUGUAAGUGUGCUUUUGUGAAGUGUUUUUCGUGAAUUAAUUAUAAUUCAUAUUUACAUUCGCGAUAUAUACAAUAAGGAAAUAUAUACGUAGUUCAAGAGCUUUAAAGGUAUUGGUUUGGAUGUGCGAAAAUACUUGAUUUCAUUGAAAAAUGGAUGGCACUAAAGAAAGAGAGACUGAGGCGUUUGGGGGUAUAUUUCAACAAAUUAUCCAGGAUAUGAAGAAUGGAAUGCCUUUAUGGGAAGAUCUUAUAGCAAAGGCGACAAAACUGCACUCUACUUUAAGGGCAGCUAUUCAGGCUAUUGCAGCAUAUUUGGAGGCCUUCCAGAAAAUUGCGGACUCCGCUACCAGCGCUAGAGAUUACAAAAGGGCCCGUGCUGAAUUAAAGAAAAGAUCAACUGAUACUUUAAGGUUGCAAAAGAAAUAUAGGAAGGGUACGGGGGGUGACCUCCAAAAACGAAUAGAGUGCUGUCUUCAAGAUGUAAACGAAAAAAGGCAGGUGCUAGAAGAGACGGAGAAAAGGGCCGUUAGAGCAGCCCUUCUUGAAGAAAGAAGUAGAUUUUGUUGUUUCGUUGGGUUUUUGAAACCAGUCGUGCAUGAAGAGGUGGCAAUGUUGACAGAAUUGUCGCAUCUUCAGGAAGUUGUUGAGCAGUUAGAGAAGCAUACAGCUGAUCCUCAAAUUUUGCCUCCUGCAUCAGAACAGGUGAUAGCGGAUUUAAAAAGUUCAGACAGUGGCUGGUCGUUCCAAACACCACCCUCGUCCCCUUCUAGCUUAGGAUCAAGAAAAUCGUCGAUGUGUUCAAUAAGUUCUCUUAAUAGUUCCUCGUCUGGUAGUUCAAAAAAUCAUUCGCCAAGUCAUCCUCAUUGGCAAAGAUCACUUUCACAGAACAUACCCUUUAAAGGGACGAUGAGACUUGCAUCAGUAUGUAGCCAAGAUUCCGGAUUUACUUCCCAAGAUACUCUAUAUCCUAGACCUCCUUCAUCAUUAAGUGUGGCCCAGGUGUCGAAUUUAUCCGAACACAGUCCGAACAGUAGUAACGGUAGCACCCCUUGUACCCCAUUUUCGACCAGCGCGGUACCCACGACCACAGCUACAUGGCCUAAUCUCCAAGAGACAAUGCAAUUUGAAAGGGCUGCGUGCGCGAUUAUGAACGAAAGACCUCACACGAUCUCGUCCGCAUAUGAAAAGGGCCACCAAAGACCGCCACUUACCGUGUAUACAUUCCAAGCCCCCGAUCAGAGUCUUUCACAACCCGCCAGUCCUGUAACCACGUCUGUGACAGUACCAGAAAACAAAAGCAGUGUCGUCACUUCGCAAAAACCUGGUGACGGUUCUAACAGUAGCAAUAAUAAUGAAACUAACGGAGGGAAGAAUGGUAGCAAACCCCCACUGCCUACUAGAUGUUCUUCUUUAGAACGUCCUAAUGGUCCCAAUGUGCCUGCAAAAACGAUUAAAUCAGGAGUAAGAGUGUUACCUCCUUCGGCAGUAGAAAUCAAACUUUCCAAGUCUUCCCAUGCAUGUUCCCACAUCAUUAAAGACAUUCCUCAACCAACGUACGUAAAUAUGCAUGAUUUGGCCAGCAUGGCUGCCUCCAAAGUGCAGGAAACAAAUUUACCACCACCCCCUGCCGAGUUCACGUCAACUCCUACUACAGAAAAGGGUCCUAACGAAAACGAUAAGGAUGGCAUAAGCACAAGCGAAAGUUCGCUCGAAUCUUCCAGUGGCUACGGUAGUCAAACCACUUUCAUAACCGAAGAAAUAGUUCGAACAGAAGAUUUGUCGAUGUCUAACCUUGAAACAGCUGGCAGCUAUUGCACGCUACCUCGCAAUGGCGAUCAUUUAACGUCUGUUAGGCGUCGACCAUUGUCAAUGACAGCAAUGUACUCGAGUGUUACAGGACCAGGAGGGGUCGGUUCAAAUUUUAUAGCGACACUCAGUGCGAAGCUGGCUCCAACUCUUAGCCCACGUAGUUCGCGACGUCACGUGGACGAUUCCGUGACCAUGAUGGCAAACAAUCUUAAUGCUCUUCAGCAACAACAGAACAAAUUGGCACAGAGAGGCCUUGCCGGACAAAACUUUUUAGACUCUUUGAAUGCCAAACUCGCCCAACAGCAGAACAGCAACAACAUUCAGUGUUCGCAAAUCAAAGCCAAUAAGGUGCGGCAGAUCAUCAACAGCAAAGCACAACCUGAUCCAAAGCAAUGUCACGAAUCAUUGAUGGACCAGAUUAAAAAAGGAGCGACUCUUCGGAGAGCAAAGAUAAUUAACGAUCGGUCAGCACCAAAAAUAUUUUAAACAAUUAUUAUUUUUGUAAUGUUAGAUAUGGUCGAUAAAUAAUCGUGUCUUUAUUCUUAAACACGUAGCUGGAUUUGUCAAUUCAUCUCUUGAUGUACUGCCGUUAAUCAUAUCCUAUAAAUAGUUCUUUCCGACAAUUUCGAUUUACAUUCUUUUAACUUUUGGGUAUUAACUAUGUAUUAAAAUUUCACGAAUGAAUUAAUUUUGAUUGGUUUUUCGUUUUACUUUGAACACUUCAUUUCCUAAUAGUAUUUUAUUUAAUUAUGCGAACGGUUGGAGGUAUCACUUACUAAUUAUUGUUAAGUCAGCAACGUAUUAUUUAUAAUUGAAAAAAUUAAUAAUAAAAUGUAUCUCGUAAACUGUCGUAGAUGUUAUUAGAAUUAAAGUAAACGAUAAAAGAUAACUUCUUAAACAUUUCUAAAGAAACGUUCCGCAUUUUUUUUUUGUUUUAAUUAUUUUAUUUUCAUUUUAAAAACCAUGCCAGGUGACCUUACAUACUAUUAUUCUUGUUAACUUCCAUUAUUAUUAAUAAAACAAGCAAAAACUGUGUCCGUCGUAUUUAACAAUUUACUAACAAGUUAUUUUUUUAUGAAGUCAAACGAACGUAAAAUAGACUUUUGUAGUACAUAAUUUAGUACUUAUUCCUAAUCCGAAUGCUUUAAUUACAAUUGUAUAUUUUAUGAUAAAUAUAU